AUGGUUGUCACCAACUUCUUCAGAUUUUUCCUUCCCACUGAGAUUGAGGAUCUAAUAAUAAUGCAUUACAAAACAAGCGAAAUGGCCGAUUGGGCGAAUCUACCAAAGGACCUUUUGACUCACAUAGCUCAAAGCUUGAUUUACUUGGAUGAUUUCUUGUGCUUUGGUGCUGUUUGCAAGGCAUGGCAAUCUGCUAAUGUUUUGGAGGAAAAGCCUUCACUACCUCCCAGGUUUCCAUUGCUCAUGCUUAUCGAAAAUGAAGAAAACAAAAGUGGAAACAGCAAAAACUAUGAGAAUAUGAAAACAUUUGGAUCAAAUGAUGUAUUGGAAACUCAAAUUUACAAGAUCAAGUUACCAAGAACCUCUUGUAAAAGUUGCUUGGGAACAAAAUUAGGAUGGUUGCUCACUUUAAGCAUGGAUAUGGAGAUAUGUCUCUUUCAUCCCUUCUCUAGACACCAAAUUCAGCUUCCUCCUUGCCCUUCCUUUGAUUAUCUGCUUCGCUUUGGGCGCCUGCCCUUCAGAUAUCUGUCCAAUCCAGAACCUAGGGACAGGUUUGAAAUCAUGAGUGGCAUAUACAUAAGAAAGGCUGCUCUGUCCUCGGAACCAUUGAAGAACACGAACAACCAUGAAAGUAAUGAAUGUGUAGUCAUGGCAGUCUUUUCUGGAGCCUUCACUUUGGCAUUUGCAAGACCAGGAGACAAGGCCUGGACCAAAGUACCGAUGCCUCAACACCUUUGCCUGGAUGUGAUUUACUACAAGGACCAAUUUCAUGCUAUCAAUUCAGAAGGUGACUUGGUUGUUUGUGACAUUGGGGAUCAAAAUCUAAGAACUAGAGUCAUUGCAGCAGGUCCAAAAGGAAAUGGCAAUUUUCCUGAUAAGUAUCUGGUGGAAUCAAUGGGUGAUCUUCUACUUGUUGCGCGAGCCCUUACUUUCUGGAUACCUGGGUCUAAAAUGAAAAAAGAAGAUUAUAAGCUUCCUCAUUGGACUUCUAAGCUUGCAGUUUUCAAACUGGAACAAAAUACUCAGGAGGGGAGUAUAUAUAGAUACCGUUGGGUCGAAGUAAAUGACUUGGGCAAUGUCGCUUUGUUCCUGGGCAGUUCAUCUUUUUCUUUACCUGCACCAGACAUUAAGGGAUGCUACAAAACCAAUUGCAUCUAUUUCACUGAUGACUAUGACAAUAAACACUGUCAUGACAUGGGUGUCUUUAAUUUGAAAGAUGAAGUUCUUGAGCCCUGUCACUUGGUUCCAUCCUACCCUCUUUGUUCUCCCCCAUUUUGGUACAUAUAAUCCGUGUUCAAGUUUCUGCCUUAUGAAAUUGUUAUGCUUUGACUGAUUAUUUUCAGUCUAGCAUUUAUCUCCCCUAGAUCCCCUGCGUAUGACUAUUUAUAAGGGAAACCAUCCUACCCUUUUUCAUUAUAUUAUUUGAUGUUAUGUAAAUGCUGAUGAGUCAUGUACUGGUGCUAAACUAUCUGAUUCUGUUAAAUUUUUCAUCUUCAAUUUGAUGUCAUUAUGUCAAAAGUCUACUACUGUAC